UUAAUUUUGAUAAAACCGUUGAAACUACAUUUUUCGCCAUAUUUAAGAAUAUAUAUUUUUUUCCAACUAUCUCUUUUAGGGCAACAUUGCCUUGUGAUUCGAUUUGUGAUAUGUCAAUGUCAGGUCUUGCUCUCAUUGAGAACUUGUCAAAGUCAAACUGACACAUUUGUUAAGGUUAUAAGUGUAAACAAAAAUUAUUAUAUCCAUUUUCAUAUGAUAUAUUUGUAACAAUGGCACCAGGAAAAAGAGGUGGUAUUCGGGGGAAGCGGUCAAAUCAUCAUGUCGAACGAAAUUAUGCUGAAAGACUAAAGGAUCUCAGCGUACACUCAUCGGAAGAGAGCGGUUUAGAAAGUACAAAUGAUACAGAUUCGUCCAACAAUUCCGAUAGCGAAGAAGGUAUUCAAGCUAAUUUCUGUAUUAGCAUGUGGGAUUUAAAUCACUGUGAUCCUAAAAAGUGCUCUGGAAGAAAAUUGUUAAGGCAUAACCUAAUAAAAAACUUAAAACUUGGGCAGAGAUUUCCGGGCCUUGUAUUAUCACCAGUUGGCAGUCAGUGUGUAAGCCCAAAUGACAAAGAUAUCAUUGAAAAAUAUGGUCUUGCUGUGAUUGAUUGUUCUUGGGCAAAAAUUGAUGAAACACCAUUUGGUCGAAUGAAAUCUCCACAUCCAAGACUUCUGCCAUUUUUAGUAGCAGCAAAUCCUAUAAAUUAUGGCAAGCCUUAUCAACUCAGCUGUGUAGAGGCUUUGGCUGCAGCUAUGUUUAUUACUGGCCAUAAACAAGAAGCAAAAUUUUAUUUGUCUAAAUUUUCAUGGGGACAUUCAUUUUUAGAAUUAAAUUCGGAUGUUUUAAAUCUUUAUAGUGCUUGUACUGACAGCAAAAGUGUUUUAGAAGCUCAGAAUGAAUUUUUAGAGAGUGCGGGUAAAGAAAAUGAUGAUUCCAAACCUAUGUGGCCACCCAGUGACUCGAGCAGUGAUAGUGAAUCUGAACAUGAUGAAGAUGAUAUUUGUAAAAAUAACAAGGUUGAAAAGGUAUAAUAUUCAAACCAUUAAGUUUUUUUUACUUGAAUGUAAAUAAAUAUAAAUAAUAAAAAACAUAAACCCAAAACAUUUCUUAAAAGGUGCCAAUGUACAAUAACCUUAU